AAACACACGCUGUGUCAGUGUCCGUUUACCUCACUGAUGCUGAUGUCAUCAUGGUGAAGUUCACAGAGCAGGAGCGCGACGUUGUCAGAGCUGUGUGGGAGAAAGUCGACGUCGACGAGAUCGGACCUGAAGCUUUAAUAAGAGUUUUGAUCACCUACCCCUGGACCGAGCGGUACUUUGGUAAAUUUGGAGAUUUGUUCUCCAUUAGUGCUGUGUCGACAAACGCCAAGUUGGCCGAACAUGGCAAAGUGGUGCUGCGGUCCCUGGGCAGAGCCGUGGAGGACAUGGACAACAUCAAAAAGACGUAUGCCGAGCUGAGUCGUCUUCACUGUGAAAAGAUCCACGUGGAUCCAGAUAACUUCAGACUGUUGGCCGACUGCAUCACCAUCACCAUCGCUUGCAAACUGAAGAGCACGUUCAACUCUAACGUCCAAGCCACGUGGCAGAAGUUUCUGACCGCUGUGGUCGAAGCCAUGACCAGUCAAUACAACUGAAAAAAUGUUUUACAACCCCAGCAGCACACAGUGUCGUUUAUAUAAACGAGAUGAAUGGGCCGACAGAAACGUGACAAUGACAGUAAAUGUAGGGCCACAGGACAUCGACUGGGGAGGCCACAUGUGGCCCACAACCCGCCAGUUUGAGCCUCAACACUAUACCAUACUUAGAAACAGAGCGAGACAGAGAAAUGAGUGAAACUAAUGGGUUUAAGUGAACUAACUUGACUAUGGUGUGAAUGUUUGGACUUAGAUUUGUGUCAAUAUUUUCGAACUAAAAAAAAAUCAAUGAUUUUUCACAUAUUUCCUUUAAAAUACAUAAAUCAGAUUUGCCUAAUUUAAAAGCAAGCAAGGGUUUAUGGACCGGGCAUCAGGAUGUUGAUGAUAAUUAUCAAUAAUACGUUUAAGUGUUUCAACCAUGAGUGACUUAAAGUGACUUAAAGUGCAGAUGAAAUCAGA